AUGAGGAGAGUGUUCGGCGUUAAGAAAGACAAGGAGCCCCCACCUUCAAUUCAAGAUGCAUCCGAUCGGAUCAAUAAAAGAGGGGAUACGGUUGAUGAGAAGUUGAAGAAGCUUGAUGCUGAGUUGAGUAGGUAUAAAGAGCAUAAAAAGACAAGGCCCGGCCCUGCUCAAGAGGCUCUUAAAGCUCGAGCCAUGAGGGUUCUAAAGCAGAAACGAAUGUAUGAAGGUCAACGUGAUAUGCUUUAUAAUCAGACGUUCAACCUUGAUCAAGUUGCGUUUGCAUCUGAGGGUCUUAAAGAUGCUCAGCAAACUAUGUCAUCCUUGAAAUCUGCCAAUAAGGAGCUGAAAGGAAUGAUGAAGACUGUGAAGAUUCAAGAUAUAGACAACUUGCAAGAUGAGAUGAUGGAGAUGAUGGAUAUGAGUAAUGAAAUUCAAGAGACCUUAGGCAGAAGCUAUAAUGUGCCUGAUGAUAUUGAUGAAGAUGAACUCAUGGGCGAACUUGAUGCUUUGGAAGCUGACAUGGGAACCGAAUCUGAUGGCGUUCCUUCAUAUCUUCAACCUGACAAGGAGGAACCGGAUUUGAAUGCAGAGCUCAAUUUACCUUCAGCUCCAUCAGGAAAUGCAGCAGCAGCUGGCAGGGCCAAUGCCCAGGGUGAGGAUGAACUCGGCUUGCCAACUGUUCCUCGCGCAUCUGUCCGCAGUUAGAUGGUGGGCUAAUAUGCAUGAUGAAGUUGAACAGAGCGUGACCUUGUAAGCAAUUUGUGCAGAAUUAGCUUUCAAUUACCAAUUCAAUAUAAUUGAUUUUUACUUCACGGGUUUGGGAGCUAUAAUAAGCCUGAGUCAUUUGACAUUGAAAUUUGGGUAUUCAUGUUUUGUUGUGUAUUUUGUCAUUUCAUAUCUCAUUAUCAUACUUGUAUUUAAAGUAUUUAUACUGUAUAUAAAGUCUUGAUUUAGUGUCA